AUUGGGAGGAGUCAGGGCAUUAAUUGAUCUGCUCGACUAUUCCUAUCUUCAGUAACAACGGCUCUCGGGCCUCAAUUAGCUUGGUCUUUUUUUGCUGUCAUUCUGAAACACCAAAUCCCGACAUUAUUACUUUAGGCACCACUAUUCUCUUUCGGGUGCACGCUCUUUCGGUUUUGGUUUUGCAUUUUUGAUGCUUUUCUGCGAACCCAAUCAUCAGUCACAUUUGAUCUACUUAUCGCUAGGGGUUGUCAUUUGAUGGAUAUUUAACUAUCUCCUUGAUAUUUGUCUUCCCGCCAAGUUCCGGGCUGGUCGCGUGCCCUGCCCAGAGUGCGAAAAUGGCCCAGCUGCCGUCCAAGCUUCCUGUUUUCUCGAAGAAGCGCCUAGAGGCUCGCGUUAUCAUUUCUUUCGACUAUGUAAUCAUCAUUGCUUUUGCCAUUGGAUUCUAUGUACUAGACCUGGUCCAGCCUUAUCAUCAACAUUUCUCGCUAGACAACAAAAGCCUGCAGUAUCCUUAUGCUGUUCAUGAACGAGUUACGAUCCAAGAAGCCCUCCUCAUCUCUAUUCUCUCGCCAAUCGUCAUUAUCGCCAUCUACACACUAGUCAUCGAUGGACUCUUUUCGCACCAUAAACCGAUUUCCGAUCGUUCGGGGAGAAGAAAGCUGACGGGUCCCUACAGACUCAAGGAUCGUUUGUGGGAACUGAACUGUGGAAUACUCGGCCUACUCCUGUCACAAGGGUUAGCCUUUGUCAUCACCCAGGUCUUGAAAAAUGCCGCUGGAAAACCUCGCCCGGAUCUCAUCGACCGCUGCCAGCCAGCCCCGGGAAGCCAGGACCUCCCAGUCUUUGGCCUCUCGAAUUCGACGAUCUGUACAGGGGAAGCAUCCUUGAUCAAGGACGGGUUCCGUUCCUGGCCGUCUGGUCACAGUAGCUCGUCUUUCGCCGGUUUGUUCUAUCUCUCGCUCUACCUGAGCGGCAAGAUGCACAUCAUGGACAGUCGCGGGGAGGUUUGGAAGGCCAUCCUUGUCAUGAUUCCUUCUCUCGGGGCUGCGCUCAUCGCGGUGAGCCGUAUUAUGGAUGCUCGGCACCAUCCAUUCGAUGUCAUCACCGGCUCCCUACUAGGAGUCUUCACUGCGUGGGCGUCCUACCGACAGUAUUUCCCACCCUUGUCCGAGCCAUGGAGAAAGGGUAGAGCCCAUCCCAUCCGGAGUUGGGGGACGGACCCUACCGUGCCGCCAGGUAAGAUGCAUUUGGCAUCUUACGAUGAUGACCACGUGCCCUUGCGCGAUGUGGAUGAGGAGCAUUUGAAUGCUCACCCGCUAGGGAUGGAUCAAGGGGUCCCCUCCCGUCCGGAGCCUCAACCAGCCGGGCCAUACAAUCGCCAUCGGGACCGAGACGGCUACUCGUCCUCGUCGAGCGAGGACGAUCACGAAGGGUUCGAGAUGACAGCAGCGCCGUAUGCUCGCGGCGCGUCUUACCAGCCGUAUGACACGGCUUAUCAGCCGGCCACUGUCCCGCCGGCUGCCCACGGCGGGCAGGUUCGUCAUCUGGCAGGAGAUGCUUAGACGUAGAGUAGACGCAAGGUGGAUGACAUUUUUCUACAUGCAAUCGUCUUUUUCUUUUCGUUUUCUUUUCUCUUUUCCAAUAUCUUAGGCAUAGCAUCAGCAUCAGCACGAACACGAACAUGUACAUAUACAUGAACAUGAACAUCAGCCAUGUACGAAGUAUCCAUUUCAUCAAUUCACAGAACGGAUCAGUCGUUUUCAUUUCGCUGGAUCCCGUCUAUGCCAUUCUGUCCGCAAUACAUACCAGCGUAGUGGGCAGCUCAA